UAUAGGUUAAAACAUAAAGAAGAAGCCCCUCGGCUCGCUUUUCUUCUCUUGGAAGACCACAAGACACGAACAAUGGGAGUAGAAGUCGAAACCUUACGAGGAGGAGACGGACAGAAUUUUCCGAAGAGAGGACAAACGGUCAGCGUGCACUACGUUGGAACGCUGACAAAUGGACAACAGUUUGACUCCUCCAGGAAGCGAGGACAACCCUUCAAAUUCAAAAUUGGGCAGGGUGAAGUUAUUCGUGCUUGGGAUGAGGGUGUAGCCCAGAUGAGCGUGGGCCAGGUGGCCAAGUUGACCUGCACGCCAGACUAUGCCUACGGGGCAAAGGGGUUCCCGCCCGUCAUUCCAGGAAACUCCGUUCUCAUCUUCGAAGUGGAGCUGCUGGGUGUUGAAAACCGUUGAAGUUGACGGUUGCUCUUCACAUUUUAUCAUUCCACCACCACCACUCUGACACAAAUAACAGUUUAAUUAAAGGUGCUGUCAGUUGCAUUUAUAAACAUGAAUAAAUCAUUGUAGAAAUCAUUGCGAUAUCUUGAUUGAGACAUUAGAUUAAUGCUGGUGGCAUUUGUAGUUCUAAGCUGACACCAGAUCAAAAAAUUAAAGUAAUAGCAUUUUGGAUAAUAUGAUUUCUUCUAGGGUAUGUGUCACUGUCAUUAUUACAUUUGUCUAUUAGAUUUUUUACUUCUCCAACUGUAAGAUGGCACAUGAGAUGGGGGUUUAAUCAAAAGACAAAGGACUAUUGGAAACCAACAGAAUGUACAACCCAUCUAAACCAUUGGCACUAAAUCUGCACAAAACAUCUUAUUUGUUCAUACGUAGUUACUCCAGUGUCUCAAAAAUCGCAUGAAACACCUUUUAAUGAAGCUCUUAUUUGUUUCCUCCAUACGUGUGUCCCUUCAACAGAUGAAUUGACUUUACAGCUUGAAAUUUUGACACAUUGAUAAGAAACACUUAAAAAAAAUCGCCUAUGAUUUCCUUUUUCUUCCUCACUUGUGUUGCCUUUCGUGAUUUUGAUUCUUGACCCUUGUGUUUUACUCUUGGGUCUUUUUGUCAUAAGUUAAAGGCCUCAAGUGUCCUUGUGUUUGGCUUUUAUGUCAAUCUUUUAGUUCCUUAUUGUGUCAUCCAUUACAAGUGGGAUUUUCCAUGGGUAUUGCAUUCUUACAUUAAAAAAAACUACACAAUA